CGCGCCGUGCGGUGGACGAACGCUGCUGCUGCCGCAGAGCACACUGCUGCGAGACGCAGGAGCAACGAGGGCACAAAACAACCGGCAACCACGGCAACUUUGCAGAGACAACAGACAGCCAUAAUGCGGCACCGCCCGCCGACCCCGGAGCUGAUGUGACUGUGCACACCAAGAGCAGGGAGGAAGCGGCGGACAGCACCACCACCUCUCCCCGGUUUGCCUCGCCUCGUCUCGGCGUGAGCGGCAGGUCGGACGGUCGGUCUGUCUGUCUCUGUCUGUCUCUGUCUGUCUGUCUGUCUGUCUGGAGGGGGACAUGUCCUCACUAACCGUGGAGGAGGACCAGAAAUGGUUACCGACACACGUCCAGGUGACGGUGCUGAGAGGCAGGGGCUUGCGGGGCAAGGGCAAGCACGGCACCAGCGAUGUGUACACCAUCAUCCAGCUGGGGAAGGAGAAAUACUCGACCUGCGUGGUGGAGAAGACCACCGAGCCGGAGUGGAAGGAGGAGUGCUCGUUCGAGCUGCAGCCCGGCGGGCUGGAGAGCGGCGGGCGGUGCGGCUACCCGGCCGCGAGCAACGAGCUGAUCCUCACCGUGAUGCACCGGGCGCUCAUCGGGCUGGACGUGUUCCUCGGACAGGCUGUGAUCCAGCUGGAUAAGCUCUUUGGCGAGAGUAGAUGCGUGAAAAACGAGUGGUACAGACUCAACUCCAAAACAGGCAAGAAGGAGAAGGAGCGAGGAGACAUCCAAGUCACCGUCCAGUUCACCCGGAACAACCUGACAGCCAGCAUGUACGACCUCGUCAUGAAGGACAAGGGUGCCUCCACCUUCAGCAAGCUGAAAGAGCGCAUGAAGGGGAAGAGGAGAUCCAGCGAGGAGGACUCUUCCUCGGCCGUCCUGCCAGGCGGAUACGGGUCACUAGUUCAGUUGCGGCAGCGGCUGCCGAGCGAUGGAGGCGGGGAGGAGGAUUAUGAGGACGACGAGGGGGGUGAGGCCCGGCGGAGCAAGAUGAGGACCUUUUUCCUGAGAGGGAAGCUGAGGAAGUCAUCAGACACUCGCUCCAGCACAUCACUGGGCUCGGAGAGCAGCGAGUCGUCGUCGCGGGGUGGGAGCCUCAGUCCCACAGCCGGCAUCAGUGUGGUGGUGUCUGACCUCUCCAACUCGCCCAGUAACAGCAGCAACCUGACGGUAGACAACAGCCCAGAACACACGGCGAACACGUCACCCAAGUCGUCCUCUCUCAAAUGUGAGUUUGGUGAUGAGGCCGGUGAGAUAUCCAUAGCAGUGCCUCAGCCCACCGUGUGCGUUAACGGAAGCCAUGCUUAUAACGUCCAGCCCCUGGACCCAGGCUCAGGAAACCCUGCAGAUUCUUUAGGCCUGGGACUGUUGCAGAAGUCUUUGCCUCUCUCCAUGUCUCUACAGAACCUCAGCCCACGGGCCUCCACAGACCUCCCCAAAGGUCCUGUGGGAGACGGGCGUCGCUGGUCUUUUGACAAACCCGGCAAGGAGGAAAAGGCUGCCAUAGCGGCGGCUUUGGAGCAUAGCGGCCCCAUGCAGGGCGAAGACGAGGAGGAGGAGGAGCGUUUGGGACUGGUUGUUCUGCCCAAAGCCGCCUCCACGGCGGAGUUAGAAAGCCAGGGGAGGAAGCAGAGGAGGAACUUUUUCUCCCAUGGGAGAAUCAGUCAGGCCAAGGACGGGACUGAUGAGGCCACUGAGGAGAAACACAAGGGAUGGUUCGGAUCAAAGGACUCGCACAGCAAGCCCAGCCCCCACCCAGUGAAGCCCCUGACCACUGCCAUACUGGCUGAGGAGAAGCGGACUGAGGGCCGGUCAGUGCUGGCCACCGGCCUGGAGAAGCUCAAGUCCACCAUCCACCCGGGGAGGAGCAGCCAGCUCAGCGAGCAGGAGACAGAAAGGAAGAAGUCUCUGACGGAGGGAGCGGGCUCGUACUACCACCUGACCCACAGCGAACUGGUCGCCCUGCUGGUGCAGCGGGAGGCGGAGCUGGAGAGGCAGAAGGCGGAGUUUGAGCGUCAGAGAUUUCUGCUGACCAAGCGCGAGGUGGAGCUGAGGAAGCUGAAGCCGCAGGUCAGAGAUCUGGAGGACUACAUUGACACGCUGCUGGUGCGCAUCAUGGAGCAGAAGCCCACUCUCCUGCAAGUGCGCUCCAAGUUCAAGUGA